GAGCAUAGACAGGCGCCACUAUCGUGGGCCGCUGCGAACGGCCACGUGGCAGUUAUACGGCUGCUGCUCGAGAGGGGCGCCAGUAUCGAUUUGACGGAUAACGGCGGCUGGACGCCGCUGUCGGAGGCCACGGCGAGCGGCCACGAGGCGGUUGUACGGCUACUGCUCGAAAAGGGCGCCAGUAUCGAUUUGACGGAUUACGGCGGCUGGACACCGCUGUUGUGGGCCGCGGCGAACGGCCACGAGGCAGUUAUACAGCUGCUU